AAACUGUUGCGCCACCGUCUAUUACUCUCCUUCCCUCUCCUCUCCUCUCCUCUCUCGCCAUCUCUCUCUCCUCCGAUCUGCGCAGCCAGCCGGAGCCACCGCCGCCUCUCUGUCGCCGCCUCGCCCGCGGGGGCUCCGGCGAACGGGCCGCCCGCCUCGACCUCCCCUCCUUCCCGUCGCCGAGCUAGCCUCUCCACGCUGCGCGGGGCCGCCUCCGGCGAGCAGGCUGGGCCUCGGGCCUCGGGGCCUCAUUCCACCGCCCUGCGCCUCUCGGUUCGGAUCGGCUUGAAGGUGAAGGUAUGGACUUCGGUGAUUCUAGACGCAAGCCUAAUGUCGUCGGGAAGUUCACCGUAGCUGUUGCACUCACGGUCAUGUGCAUCAUUGUGUUGAAACAGUCGCCUGGUUUUACCAGUACAAGUGUGUUCUCUCGCCAUGAAAUUGGUGUGACUCAUGUGUUGGUGACUGGAGGAGCUGGAUACAUUGGGUCACAUGCUACUCUUCGUCUACUUAGGGACAACUACCGAGUUACCAUUGUGGAUAACCUUUCUAGAGGGAACAUGGGAGCUGUCAGAGUCCUUCAACGUUUGUUUCCAGAGCCUGGGAGGCUUCAGUUUAUUUAUGCUGAUUUAGGCGAUGCGAAAGCUGUUAACAAAAUAUUUUCAGAAAAUGCAUUCGAUGCUGUUAUGCACUUUGCUGCCGUUGCUUACGUUGGUGAGAGCACGUUGGAGCCACUGAGGUACUACCACAACAUAACAUCAAAUACAUUGACAGUGCUUGAGGCAAUGGCAGCAUAUAAUGUAAAAACUCUGAUAUACUCAAGUACUUGUGCAACAUAUGGUGAACCUGACACAAUGCCUAUCACAGAAGCAACCCCUCAGAAUCCUAUCAAUCCAUAUGGGAAGGCAAAAAAGAUGGCAGAGGACAUCAUUUUAGAUUUCUCUAAGAGAUCAGAAAUGGCAGUCAUGAUCUUAAGAUACUUCAACGUCAUUGGAUCAGACCCAGGGGGGCGGUUAGGGGAAGCUCCACGACCAGAGCUGCGUGAGCAUGGACGGAUUUCUGGUGCUUGCUUUGAUGCAGCACUGGGAAUCAUUCCAGGUUUGAAGGUUCGGGGAACUGAUUACCCUACAGCUGAUGGAACUUGCAUAAGGGACUAUAUUGAUGUCACGGAUCUCGUUGAUGCUCAUGUGAAAGCUCUUGAUAAAGCUCAGCCUGGCAAAGUUGGAAUCUACAAUGUUGGCACAGGACAUGGUAGAUCAGUGAAGGAGUUUGUAGAAGCAUGUAAGAGCGCAACAGGAGCUAGCAUCAAGGUUUCAUUCCUUACCCGGAGACCAGGAGACUAUGCUGAAGUUUACAGUGACCCAUCCAAAAUCCAUGACGAGCUGAACUGGACAGCCCGUUACAUUGAUCUUCGCGAAAGCCUUUCAACUGCAUGGAAAUGGCAGAAAGCACACCCGAAUGGGUAUGGAUCGGCCUGAUUCAGGGUUUAAUAGAUUCAGACUUAAGGUACACAGAUUCUCAGGUCCAUGUGCAGAAAUCAUAUAUCCUUCAGAAAAUUGGUUCUUCAGCACAAACAUAGUGCCAGGCACAGAAGUGUUCUGAAUUUUUUUGGCAGCAUUUGGAAGAAGAUACAGAAAGAAUGGCCCCUCUAUUCCUGGCUUAGGAUCAUACAUAUAGUUUUUUUUUUCCUUGACAUUUUUUUUAAUCUUUUCUACUCGUUAAAGCAUAAUAUAAUAACCAAUAGAAAAUGUGUUGUAGACAAGGUAGAUAACUAUCAUGUAUGAACGUUCAUGGUGUUGAAUGAAAGGAUAUAUGAAUAAGUAGAUGUUUGCUUAUUAGUGGAAGUUAAAUUUCCAUUUUGGCAAGCUCAGCGGUUAAAUUUCUUGUAUGUGAAGCAAGGGGUGACUGGGGACAAUGCAUUGCUGUGCACAACUCCUGGUCUCACUUGCAAAAACAUUUCUUACAUGUAACUAGAGUACAAGUGGUUGGAUUAUACCGUA